AUGUUCUGCAAUGGUGGCACGGUCGCUCUCACGGAGCUCCAAGAUGUAAUGACAGAGCUGCAGCGCCCCCGUGUGGACAUGUGUGGAGCUGCACACAAAAACAGCCGUGGGAGACAACAUGGGUCUGAAGCUGAAGAAAGAAGCAUGAGACCAAAGCUGAGAAGAUCCAGAUCCAUGAGUAUUCCUCCAGAGUUCUGCGCUGAGAUUGAGGCUCAGAAGAGAAAGGAUUCUGUUUGGACUUCAGCCUCAGAACACACUGAGGCUGUGUCCUGA